AUGGGCGGGUUCACUCGGAUACUGCACUCCGGAAAACCCGACAGCUUGAUGAAUGAGAUCCCUACUGUUGUGGUUGAUCCUCUUCCUCCAGGUAUGGAUCAGGGGUAUGUUGUUCUGAACAGACCAUGGGCCUUUGUGCAGUGGUUGGAGAAGGAGGUGAUUGAGGAAGAUUACAUACUAAUGGCGGAGCCAGAUCAUAUCUUCGUAAGUCCCCUCCCAAACUUGUCACAUGAAGGUAUCCCCGCAGCUUUCCAAUUUUUCUACAUCAAGCCUCUAGAGAAUGCAGACAUCGUCAGGAAGUAUUUUCGAGAGGAAAUGGGGCCUAUCUCCAAUGUCGACCCAAUUGGUAAUUCUCAUGUCAUUAUUAGCAAGAUUGCUCCCACAUGGAUGAAUGUCUCUAUCAGAAUGAAAAGUGACCCCGACACAGACAGAGCAUUUGGAUGGGUGUUGGAAAUGUACGCAUAUGCAAUUGCAUCAGCUUUACAUGGAGUGCAUCACAUUCUUCGAAAGGACUUCAUGUUGCAGCCUCCAUUCGAUCGAGAAAUCGGAAAGAAGUUCAUCCUUCAUUUGACCUAUGGAUGUGACUACACCUUCAAGGGCGAGCUGACAUAUGGUAAACGAGGAGAAUGGAGAUUCGAUAAGAGAUCAUAUGUACGAGAAGCUCCUCCUAGGAAUUUCCCUUUGCCUCCAAAAGGCGUUCCUGAAAGUGUGGUUACUCUUGUAAAGAUGGUGAAUGAAGCGACCGAAAACAUUCCUAACUGGGGUGCAUAA